AUUGCACCAGAGAUGGUUGUAGUUGAUGACAUCUACAACGGCUGGCGACAUUUGAUCCUACCGGUUGCUUGGUCAAACGAAAUGGUAAUGGACGCUGUCCUCGCCGUGUCAGCAUUCCAUCUCUCUGGUAGAGUCAUCUUGCUGCCGCAUCUCAAUCCAGACAGGCUCUAUGCUUUGGCAAUCGGUCAACUCUUGCAUCGGAAGGACCUAACAGAUUGGGGCGACGAGACCCAGCAACUUGUGGUUCUUGCCAUUGUUGUCCUUCUGGUUUCAGUCAUGGUCAACGGCAUGCCGGAUUUCCCUAUUGUCUUCCAGAUGUUGGAAGCAUCUAUCAAAGCUAUUGGAGGUGAAGAGGCCCUAGCUGACGCAGGAGAGAUGGGAGGUUUCCUCUUGAGACAGAUUCGCAAGAUGCGCGCCUACGCUGCACCCUUGGUCAGCCAAGAUGCCGGGAUGAAGGCGUUAUCAUACCACGCUCAGGAGAGUUUCGACUGUCUCUACUACUACUACAGCUUACAUCCCGAUCACUGCCCUACGUUUGACCUCAUCACCGACAUUCGCCAGCAGGCCUUUAACAUGUACCUCCGCAGAGCGUUGACUAACGAUAAUGACAACACCCUAUCACCCUCAUCUGUCGAUGCCAUCAAGACCUUUCAACGGAGCUUGGAGGCAUUCCCAGAAGGCGCACUAGGCGAGCACAUACUUAUCUGGCCUACGUUCAUUGCUGCGCUUGAGUGCCAUACCUCCGAGCAGCGCCUAUUCUUUGAAAAGUUCCUACUCAGGCAGUAUCACCGCAAUAAUUUCUUGAAUAUCCCCAAAGCUUUGGGGUUUCUGAGAGGAAUCCGGUCGCAGGAUACACACCGGCUAACUUGGCCUGCACUUAUCCCGAAACUUCGGGGUUUUGUCAUGCAGAAUGUAGCCGUAAUUACUACAUGUACCAGUCUAUAUGCCUAUCUGUCUUGAAAACCAGAAGAUUCGGUACAUAUCCACAUGUCAAACACUCACGAAAUCUACCAAUUGCUGGUACCACUUCGUGGACAUUUCAAUCCGCUUGAUCGCGGCCCCACCUGCAGGCGAUGAACCCAUCUCGAGUCAUGUUGAAUGGCUGUGCCGCUUCGUAUCUGCAACCGGUCCCAACAACACAAGAAACAAGGCUCAGAACUAUACUGUAUUCUUCUUACUUGGGCA